AUGGGGAUCUGUACUAAAUGGGUAGAAGCGGUGGCUCUCUCGAUGGCAAUAGGACAGGUCGUAGCUAACUUCAUCAAGGAGAACAUCAUUUACCGCUUUGGCAUACCUCGAGUGAUACUAUCAGACAAUAGAACUCUUUUCGUCAAUGGCAGGGUUCGAGCGCUCUUUCAACAAUACCAUGUCACCCAUUAUAGGUCAACACCCUGCUACCCCAAAGGCAACAGGCAAGCGGAGGCCACAAACAAGACUCUACUCAGAAUUUUACGCAGAACCCUAAAGGAACAACAUGGCAAGUGGGCAGAGCAACUGCCUCUCGCGUUUUGGGCCUAUCGAACCAUUGUGAGGGGGGCCACAAGCGCCAUGCCUUUCUCCCUGGUUUACAACACAGAAAUGGUUGUCUCUAUCGAGAUAGCGGUACCGUCAGGAGGCUUAGUUAAACGGAGCCAACCUCAUUAUGAUCUCAGGCUCGGUGAGCUCGAAGGACUACAAGAACAAAGGGAGCAUGCCAAAGGCAAGCUGAAGAUCCACCAGCAUAGGGUUGCUCGGGCUUAUAACGUUACUGCCUGA